GUGGCGCCACGACGAGCCACGUCGUCGCGGGGAUGUGGGCGGCUCUCCACACACGAGCGUCAGUGGCAACUUGGCAAGCGAUUGUGGUGGCGGGCUGUCGCUCAUCCCCGCCACGGCGUGGCGUCACUUUAAGUAUGUAGAGGAGCCGCGCGUACUAACGACUGUGGUGGAGCGACGGACACGUGACGGUUAUGGACGGUAACAUACCAAACAUUGAGGAGUAAGCACAUUUUCCUCUUUGCAUAUCAUAUAUAUACCAAUACCAUGACUACACUCGAUAUCCAUCGAUUCAUUACUGAAAUUGAAAAUCGGCCAGCAAUAUGGGACGUACGCUGCAAUGACUACAGCAGUAAAAUUGCUAAAGCCAAGGCAUGGGAGGAGAUGUGUGACAUCUUCGUGUCUGGCUACAGAGAGAUGGAUUCUCUUGGAAAAAACAAAGCAGCUACAGACAUACAACGGAAGUGGAAGAGUUUGAGAGACUCCUUUAGAAGGGAAUUGGCAACAACCAAGAGAGAAAAGUUUAGAUCUGCCCAAGAAAGUGGGAGAAAGGAGUAUAUCUACUUUAAACAGCUUUCUUUUCUUCUUCAAAUUUGCAAGACAAGGGUAGAUGAAAAUGAAGGUGCAGAGGAUCUAACUGAGGGGAGAAAUACAGAGGAAGACCUUCGUCCACUGAAUCCUUCCACUCAUCACCUGAAGAGGAAGAAACCUCCACUUUCAGAUGAGCAAGUUCUUUUCAAAGCUUUAGCAAGGAAAGCCAAUGCGCCAGAUGACUCGGAUAAACAAUUCCUGCUUAGUUUGCUGCCGGACUUCAAAUGUAUUCCUGAGAGCUUAAAGCUAGAUGCUAAGAUUGAAUUAAUGAAUAUACUUAAGAGAUAUAAGCAGCAUCCAACACCUGCUAAUCAGCAAUAUUUCCCUCCACAAGGACCACAAAAUAAUUUCUUCCCAGGUUCAAGUUCACCAGCGAGUCAUACACCAGACAAUUUCUUUCCUAAUGAUAUGAAUUCACAAUCAACAGCAACACAAAGUGAACCAAUUCCAACUGUAGAACAAAAAUUAACAGGAAAAAAAAGUAACAGAAAAUAAAGUAACGGAAGACAAGAAGACCUAUCAAGAAACAGUAACAAGAAAAAAAGUAACAGGAAAAAGAGUAACAAUAAUACUGAAUGCUAUAGUUUCUUUUUUCUCACUCUAUUUGUGAAGAUAAGUAUACGCCACGCUAAUAGUCACGAUAAGCGUAGGCCAUUUUGAUAGUGAAGAUAAGGGUACGACAACCUAAUAGUGCACGAAGAUAUGUCGUUCUGAUAGUGAAGAUAAGUGUACGACAACCUAAUAGUGAAGAUAAAGUGUACGCCACUAAUAAUGAAUAUAAGAUAAGUGUACGGCGGCACUCUUAAUAGUCAAGAAAAGCGCUGACCAUUCUGAUAGUGAAGUGUACGCCACUCUAAUAGUGAAGAUAAGUGUACUCCAUUCUGAUAGUGAAGAUAAACGAAAUUUUUACCUUACAAUCAGGAGAAACACCAUUGAGAACACGAUUCUCUCAAGAGUCAAGGAUGUUUAUCCCGUUGGUAAUAUAAAUAUCUCGUUAAUUUCUCACUAAAACCGUAAAAACGUCCUUAAAAACCAUGUCAUUCAGAAAGUUGUAGACAUGGGGUGAAAUAUUGCAAAAUGGAGAUCUCCAAAAAAAAAAAAAAAAACGAUAUAUACCCAUCUUAAAACACUCAUCUGAACAAUCUCUCUCCACGCAGGCCUCAUUGUGUUGUGCACCGUGUAUGCUGUGCCUAACCUAACACUACUUCCUUUUGUAUUUAUCUUCAAGAAUGGCCAUUGUUACUUUUGUAUUUAUAUUCAAGAAUGGCCGCUGUUAUUAUUUAUUAUAUUUUACUAAAAUUAGAACUGACUUUUUCCUGAUACUUUGUGAAAAUAUUAAGGUUUUAAUUUUUUAAUGUUUUUAAUAUCUUAAAUGUUUUAAGGUUUUCUAAAAAAUAUAUUUUCUUUUGUAUUUAUCUUCAAGAAUGACCACUCAGUUUUUUUCCUAAAUAAAAUAAUUAGUGACUUUUUUUGCCACGUACUUAUUUCC